AUGAGAUCUUUAUUCAGUGCUUUACGUGAGAACGACGUGAAGAUUGCCAUUUGUACGGCAGACAAUAGAGAGAACACCACGAUUAUGUUGCGGUGGUUCGGUGUUGAAGAACUCGUCGAUAUCAUCGUUUGUGGUGACGAUCCCGGUUCGAAACCAAAACCUCAUCCUCAUAACGCUAUCCUGAUAUGUCGAGUUCUUCAGGUGGCGCCUGAGAACGCUGUCAUGGUUGGUGACACUCUGGCUGAUCUUGGGAUGGCUAGAGCAGCUGGAUUAGGCGCUGCUGUAGGUGUUCUUUCCGGAGUUGGUGGCCUGGAUCACCUCGAGUCGCAUGCGGACAUCUUG